CCAUCACAUGGGUCUCUGCUGCUCUUCUCCUAAAGCCACCAGACAUGGUACCAGCCCCCGGAACCCUAACGGUCAUUCUCUAACGCAGGGGAAGGCAAACGAGAAGGUUAGUAAUAAAAACGGGAAGAAGACGAAGAACAAGAACAAGAUCCAACGGAGACGAGGAGGAAGGACUCCGUACGGUAAGCGCAUCGAUUUUGGGUACGCUAAGGAUUUCGACAAUCGAUACACCAUUGGGAAAUUGCUCGGACAUGGUCAGUUUGGCUUUACAUACGUAGCCACCGAUAACAACAAUGGAAAUAGCGUCGCCGUCAAGAGAAUCGAUAAGGCCAAGAUGUCUCUACCGAUUGAAGUGGAAGAUGUGAAGCGAGAGGUUAAGAUACUACAAGCUUUAGGUGGGCAUGAGAAUGUAGUUGGGUUUCACAAUGCUUUUGAUGACAAAAACUAUGUUUAUAUAGUUAUGGAGUUAUGUGAAGGUGGUGAAUUGCUAGAUCGAAUACUAGGAAAGAAAGAUAGCCGUUACACCGAGAAAGAUGCAGCGGUUGUGGUGCGACAAAUGCUAAAAGUUGCAGCUGAGUGUCAUUUACGCGGUCUAGUGCACCGAGAUAUGAAGCCAGAGAAUUUUCUGUUCAAAUCAACUGAAGAAGAUUCUUCUUUAAAGGCUACAGAUUUUGGUUUGUCAGACUUCAUAAAGCCAGGAACGAAAUUUCAGGAUAUAGUAGGAAGCGCUUACUAUGUAGCACCUGAAGUGUUAAAACGUAGGUCCGGACCUGAAUCAGACGUCUGGAGUAUCGGUGUCAUCACUUACAUUCUUCUCUGCGGGAGAAGACCCUUCUGGGAUAAGACUCAAGACGGAAUAUUCAAUGAGGUCAUGAGAAAAAAACCUGAUUUCAAAACAGUCCCGUGGCCAACCAUCAGCAACAGUGCCAAAGAUUUCGUGAAAAAGUUAUUAGUUAAGGAGCCGUGUGCACGGUUAACAGCAGCUCAAGCACUGUCGCAUCCAUGGGUGAGAGAAGGAGGUGAGGCCUCAGAGAUUCCAAUAGACAUCUCUGUUCUUAACAACAUGCGUCAGUUUGUGAAAUUCAGCCGCCUUAAGCAGAUUGCUCUUAGGGCGCUGGCAACAACAAUUGAUGAGGAUGAGCUGGAUGAUCUCAGAGACCAGUUUGAUGCUAUUGACAUUGACAAGAACGGUUCUAUAAGCCUUGAGGAGAUGAGGCAGGCUCUAGCAAAAGAUGUUCCUUGGAAACUGAAGGAUGCAAGAGUUGCAGAGAUUCUUCAAGCGAUCGAUAGCAACACUGAUGGGUUGGUGGAUUUCACUGAGUUUGUGGUGGCUACUUUGCAUGUAAACCAAUUGGAGGAACAUGACUCUGAGAAGUGGCAACAGAGGUCAAGAGCAGCAUUUGACAAGUUUGACAUAGACAGAGAUGGGUUUAUAACUCCUGAAGAACUUCGAUUGCAAACGGGUUUGAAAGGCUCCAUCGAACCACUUCUUGAAGAGGCAGAUGUGGAUGAAGAUGGGAGACUCAGCAUCCAUGAGUUUAGAAGACUUUUGAGAAGUGCAAGCAUCAAGUCAAGAAAUAUAAAAAGCCCUCCUGGUUACCAGCUUUUCCGAAAGAUGUAAAUUACUUAGCAAAUCAGCAAGCACAAACUCUGAUCUCUAUUAUACAGAACAUUAUUUGUCAUUAUGUGUAUUUUGCUGUCAGA